CGGGAGCCCCAUUGGCUCUCCCCGGCGGCACAUGUCCCCGGCCCCGCUAUAAAGGAGGCUGCGGCCCCACUGCUGUCCGUCCUUCUGCCUCCCAGCGUCCCCGGGUACGCCGCUACAGCCGCCGCCAUCACCAUGGCCAUCGACGCGUUUUUAGGCAAAUGGUGCCUGGUCUCCAGCGAGGGCUUUGAGGAGUACAUGAAGGAGCUGGGUGUGGGUAUGGCCAUGAGAAAAAUGGGAAGCAUGGCGAAACCAGAUGUUUACAUCAUUAAGGAGGGGGAUACAAUCACUGUGAAAACAGAAAGCACCUUCAAAACUUCACAGUUCAGUUUCAAGAUCGGCGAGAAGUUUGAGGAAAACACAUUAGAUGGCAGAAAAACUCAGACACUUGUCAGCUUAAAAGAUGAUGGGUCAUUGAUCCAGGAGCAGGAAUGGGAUGGCAAGAAGACCAUAAUCACACGGAAACUUGUGGAUGGACAGUUGGUGGUGGAAUGUGACAUGAAUGGUGUCAAGUGCGUUAGAGUCUACCAGAAGGCAUGAGAACAUCUUCAGAUUCAGUAGGAACUUGCUACAAACAACUCAGUCCAGUGGACGGAGCUCCUCUACACUCCAUGAUUUCCUUUUCCCUGUUUUCUAGUAUUUCAAUGGACUGAGUAGCUGAGUGCAAUCCUUUUUAAAAGCCGUGAUGUAACUAUUAUGUAACUAUUCUGAACAUAUGAGGCUAUUAAAUAAAAUUUUCAAAUAUAUUAAGUGCAAAUGUUGUUGCUAUAGUAAAAUUUUAAAGUGGGGUUUUAUAAAAACUCAGUUUGGUUUUAGGCUCUACUGCAAAUUGCCUUCCCUUCAAGAUAACGCAAAUAAUGCAAUUAACUUUUAAUAGCGGACUAAAUUUUAACCAGCCUUUUCAUCUUUAAUGGCUAAGGUAAUAAAAUCUGAAAUAGAAAAAAAACAUUCAAAGUUCAGGCACUGCAGUUGUUUCUAUCUUAGCGUUACAAAGUAAAUUGAAUGCACUGGUAUAAAUAAGAGAUAAACCUUGUUGGCCUUUAGAUAGAGGAAUGUAUUUUCGGGGAUUGUUUUUUUUUUUUUUUUUCAUGUUU